UUGGUGGUGCGGUAGGUAACACAAGUUACAACGUAGAAAAACACAAGUUAUUUGUGAAGUCGAGCACGUUUUGCAAUCUUAAUGUUCUCUGGGUUAAACAUAAUAGUUCAAGUUUUAACAUGGCAGGGAAGAAACAUAAUGUGUCUUACGUAAAGCCGAACGAACCCUCGUUUAUAACGCGAAUGAAGGAGAAAGUUGGCUACAAGGAACCCCCAACCAUCGAGUCUAAAAGAGAGACAACACCUACAUUCGAAGAAGAUGACAGAGAUGAUUACGAUGAUGAGAAACCGACGGUAGUUGCCCUAAAGAAAGAUGAUCUCACACAAGAGGAGGUGGAUAGAAUCACUACACCACAGGAGGAAGUGGAGAAACAUUCCCUAGAUAAAGUUAUCUUCAAGAAACCCACAAAGCGAAAAGACGAUGCAGAAUUAAGUGUCAGCACAUCAAAGAAAAAGAAGAGCUCUGAUGAAAAACACCCCAAAUCAGAUAUGAAACAAGUGAAAAAUAAGACACUCUUGUCAUUUGAUGAUGAGGAGGAAGAUGGGUAGUUAAAUUGUUGUGGUAAUGUCCAUUUUAUAUUUGCCCAUUUUCUUCAUGUAAUGUUGCUGUCAUCAACAGAAUCAAAAGAACACCUAGAUGGUGAAUUCGACAACUCAGUAUGCACUAUUGCUCGCUAAUGAUCAUUAAUUUCUCGUCAUGAAUUUUUGGUUACCGAGUAAUGCAAUUAUAUAAGCCUUGUUAGAAAGUGUAAAUGCAUACAUACGUGAGAGUGUGUGCAUACGGAAGUCUGCAAAGAGAAAUGUCAGUAAAACUCUGUAUAUAGUUUAAUAA